AUGGCCAGCACCGAGGAAAAUUUCCAGGUCAAGCCGUUUGGAGGAGAAUUGACCUUUGGCGCCGAGAUUCACGGGCUCGAUCUCAAUAAUAUCACCGAUGCUGGUAUCGACAAGCUGCGGGAGUUACUCCAACAGCACCUACUUCUGGUGAUCAAAAAUCAGAAGGAUGAAACGCCAAGCAAGAAUUGGGAGCUCCUGCAGAAACUGGACCCCGGCGCGCCUGAGUUCACAGACGAGCAAUGGGCCAAGUUCUACAAUCCCGAGGGAAAGGGCAUCCUUGCCAAGCUAGGCUAUAGCACAAUCCCUGACGGCGGUCGUCUGUAUCUCAUGGGUAAGGGCUAUCAAGGUCAAGACCACUAUGGAUUGAAGGAUGUCACCUUGAGCGAAGCCUUUGCAGAUCUCUAUUACUCCAAGCCUCUGCCGAAAGAGGACUUUCAAAAAGGCAUCACUCGCUUUCAAUCAUGGCACAUGGAUGGCCCGCAAUAUGCUAUCAACCCGCCCCUGUUCACCUCAUUCCGCUGCAUCAAGUUCCCCAAGGGAGAGCAGACGGUAGAUUGGGCGGACGGUUCGGGUUUGACUAAGAAGGUCAAGCCUGGACGGACCGGUUUCUUCAGCACGGCUCAACUAUAUGACAUGCUCAGCGACGAGGAGAAGCAGAUUGUGGACCAUAGCUGGUGCGAAUACAUGUACUACCCCUACGAGUGGAUUCUGGGUUGCAGGGGUAACCCAAAUGGACUCAAUGUUGCCAAUGAGGGUAGAGAGGUGCCAGAUGCUGUUAUGGAGGCGAUGCCCAGGGAUCCGAAAGACCAGCACAUUUUACCUCUGGUCUGGAUGAAUUCUGUCACCGGAAAGAAGCAUCUGCAGGUACAGCCCAAUGUUGUGCGCCGCCUCUACAUCCGCAACAACGCAGAAGAAAAGCCCAGGGUCAUCGAAGACGUCAAGGAAGUCCGAGAGUUCCUAACCAAGCUACAAAUCCGGGUUGUUCGCCCAGAAAAUAUCUACGUUGGCCCGGAGGAAGAAGGUGACCAUCUUCUCUGGUACAACUGGGGCUUGAUGCACACAAAGAUCGACUACCCGGUCGAAUUUGGCCCUCGAACAGCUCAUCAAGGCUGGCUCCCCGCCACCAAGAAACCAUGUGGCCCUGUUCCUAUUCCAGUGUAG